AAAGUUUGGUCUUGACGCUUGGCCUGGUGUGGAUUAGAGAAAGUGGAAAAGUCUAGUCUAGUUUGUCCAAAAAGAAUGAAAAGGUUGGGCGGCCAAAAUAAAAAUGAUCGGCAAAUUCAACAAGCGGCAUUUACCCGGCUAAUAAACAGAAGCAGUCAAACAAACAAACAAACAAACAAACAAGCAAUCGAGCAAUCGAGCAAACAAUCAAGCAAGAAAACAAUCAAAUACCCUACCAUCUGAACUGCUCUUAUCUCGCGUCAUGCACCCUGCCCAAACAUCAAAUAUUCAGCUUUGACCAAAACCACCAUGAGCAUUAUUUUAUGCCUGAUGGACCAAGCAGCAAUACAUAAAUCUGGCUACUUCAUUCAAUACAUAACUUUCGAUGUUGAUAUCCGUCUCAGUUCACAAUCUGUAGUCAAAUCACUUGUUUAGGAGAGGGAUCUUUCUAUAGAGAUACUCAGAGGUGAUUGUAUCUUUAUUCCUAGACCCCAUUCCCAGACCCGCCUGCACUUGCAUCACUCUAGUAUCCAUCACAAUCAGGCUUCAAGAACCCCUCACUAUAGAAAGCCAUUCUCGAUGAACCCACGCUCAUUUCCCUCUUCAUCAGCGUGGGACCUCCCCUCAGCGUUCAUCACUGCAGUGCCAAUGCGGGGGCAGGAAGGUAUAUGAGAGGUUUGAUGCGGGGCAAUAACGAGGACAUGGCUGUAAGACAGACACGUCCGGGUCAUGGACUAGUCGUUUAAGGUUCUGGUCCAAUCGUUGAAAUAUCAGAAGUUUUUUUUUUUUUUUUCCAUAAAAGUGACCAUGAGUGCAUUUUUGCGCCCAACACAGCCAACAUACCUCACCUGAGUUUCGUGGAUUCAAACUUUGGGAAUAUAGCCCAACUACCAAUUCAGACUAGGUACAACGAGAUCAAUCACCAUGUCCACUAUGAAAGCAUUAAACUAUGUCGGACCGUACACGGUCAGAGUGGAAGAUAUUGAGAGACCCAGACUAGAACACCCGGAUGAUAUCAUUGUCAAGGUUACCACUGCAGCGAUCUGUGGCUCAGAUCUUCACAUGUACGAAGGUCGGACGUCUGCCGAGCCAGGCAUCACAUUUGGUCACGAAAACAUGGGAAUUGUCGAAGAACUAGGCGAAGGCGUCACAUUGCUCAAGAAAGGAGACCGGGUUGUUAUGCCAUUCAAUGUCGCCGAUGGCCGUUGUCGCAAUUGUGAGGAGGGGAAUACGGCAUUUUGUACCGGAGUCAAUCCUGGAUUUGCAGGUGGCGCAUAUGGCUAUGUCGCCAUGGGCCCUUACCGUGGAGGCCAGGCGCAAUACAUUCGCAUCCCCUAUGCAGACUUUAAUGCUCUCAAAUUGCCCCCCGGCAAAGAGCACGAAGCCGACUUUGUGCUUCUUGCAGACAUAUUUCCCACCGGCUGGCACGGCGUCGAGAUAUCCGGAUUUCAACCAGGUGAAAGCAUCGCCGUGUUCGGUGCCGGUCCUGUCGGUUUAAUGGCUGCUUAUUCGGCUGUUUUGCGUGGAGCCUCCAAUGUUUACGUUGUAGACCGGGUCCCUGAACGCCUUGCGGUCGCCAAAAGCAUCAACUGUAUUCCCAUCGACUUUACCGCGGGAGAUGCAGUUGAUCAGAUUAUUGCCCACAAUGGUGGGAUGGUGGACCGAUCAGUAGACGCUGUUGGAUACCAAGCUGUCGACUCUAAUGGAUCCGCAGAAAGACCAAACAUCAUUAUUGAGAAUAUGAUUCGAGUCACACGGGCACGUGGAGGGCUCGGAAUUCCAGGACUUUAUGUCCCCAGUGACCCUGGCGCUCCUGAUUCGAACUCGGCAAAAGGUAUCAUCAGCCUCAGCUUUGGAAAGUUGUUUGAGAAGGGCUUGUCGCUUAGCACUGGUCAGUGCAAUGUGAAGGCAUACAAUCGGUACCUACGAGACAUGAUUAUCGCCGGCAAAGCAAAGCCUAGCUUUGUCAUCUCGCACGAGAUUGGCCUCGGUGAUGCCGAGGUUGCGUACGAAAAUUUUGAUCGGAGGGAAGGGGGAUACACCAAAGUGAUUAUUCACCCAAAUGGAGGGUUUGAUGGCUCGUUGUAGAGCAAACCGUACGCCUCUUGAGAAUAGCUUUUGUAGAACUUCGGCAGCCCUAUAUCGAGAAAUUUGAUAUACAGACUUGGUAUUUCACGUCCCUGCAUUUCAGAGGGGAGUUCAAUAUUAGCCACCGAAUAAAACUACAUCGAAGUCUAGUACAAGCAAACAUUCCUCUCCGUCAUACGGUUUGGUUCAUUGAUUGUCGUAUCUAUUGUAUAUAUUUCAACUAGAGUGCCUGUAGUUUUUCUCUGUGCUUCGGUGACAUAAGAUGUCAGCAAACAGACUACAAUCUAUGGUAGGGGGGCUUGAGCCUGAGACGACGCCCAUGACGGCAUCUAAUGUUUUCGGUACUGACAUUAAUCAAAUAAUAUUUCCUCGAUCCAAAUGAGUCAGAUUAAUAAGCUAAACAUGUAGGACUUUGAACCUUGUACUACCGUAGAUAUUGCAUAACCGACUGCAUGUACGAGACCCAGGAGGCCGUCUCAACGACCUCUUAGUGCUAUGAGCUAUUGGAAGCGGGGGCGGGGGCAGUGAGGGGCUUGAGAGAGCGUCGCCACUUGUAAUUGAUGAUUGCUUUUCGACUCCGGCUACUCCGUGCUGUCAUUGAUAUUAGUGCGGAGCACUCGGUAUCUCAACUUCCCACCCCCACUACUAGGAAAUAUGAGAACAAGAAUCUUGUUCUUGCC